GGCAUGAAGUUUUUCCUGCAAUAUGUGGGAUUCUUUUGUGCUUUUUUCUCUGCUGCAUUUUUGAUAAUAUCUACCUGGACAGACUGCUGGAUGGUGAAUGCUGAUGACUCCCUGGAGGUGAGUACAAAAUGCCGUGGCCUGUGGUGGGAAUGUGUCACAAACGUUUUUGAUGGGAUCCAAACUUGUGAUGAGUACGACUCCAUCUACGCCGAGCAUUCUGUGAAACUGGUGCUGACCCGAGCCAUGAUGAUAACAGCAGACCUCCUGUCAGGAUUUGGAUUUCUCUUCCUGGUCCUGGGACUGGACUGUGUGAAAUUCCUUCCCGAUGAGCCGCUCAUCAAGCUGCGCAUAUGCCUGGUGGCUGGGGUUAUGUUGCUCCUUGCAGGUCUCCCUGGCAUCACGGGCUCUGUCUGGUACGCUGUGGAUGUCUACGUGGAGCGCUCCUCUCUGCUCUUCCACAACAUCUUCCUGGGCAUCCAGUACAAGUUUGGUUGGUCCUGCUGGCUUGGCAUGGCAGGGUCACUCGGCUGCUUCUUGUCCGGGUCCCUGCUCACCUGCUGCAUGUAUCUCUUCAGAGAGACCAGUUCUGGAAGAUUCCAUUCUGCCUACUCCUUGAGGAAAGGCUAUUCCUCAGCUGCCACCGUCGUAACAAACGUGCAUUUGCCAUCCUCGCAGACAGCCACCUCCAAAAUGUAUGCGGUGGACACAAGGGUGUGA